AAAAUAAACCCAAAUCCAAUAAUCGGACUAUGAAUAAUUGAAUAUAUGAACUACUAAUUCAUAUUUUUCUCGUUUUGACCAUCAUGUUUUUGGUUUAGGAAGCGAAAAUUUCCUAAUCUCGUCUUAUAUGUUCCACCCGAUCAAUUUUCUUAACAAAAAAUUCAGCACAUAGAUUAUCAUAGAUAAAUGUAACAACAUAGCCACAAAUUUCAUCCAUGAUUGCCAAGCUAGGGUUUCUAAUUGUUUUCGACCUAUUAUGACAUUCUUUUCCCAAUUUUUGACCUAAUUUUUUUCGAAUUUGAGCGACAUUGUUGUAAUUUCGAAUUUCAAUGCUUUCUGGGAAUGUUCAACUGCGAUGUUGCUCUUCAUUUCCGCUUUUCGGACCAGAUUUUCAUCAUCUCUCGUUAAUUUUAACGCGCAGGAUCAUCAAGGAGGUUGGAUAUCUAAGUACUCUGUCACUGUGGUGGUUGGUGUUGCAGUUGCAACUUUUAUAUGGAGACACACCUGGAUAAGAUCUCACAGAAGGACGAAAAAUCGCAGGAUCCACGAUUUGCAUGAGGUUAGUGCUUCUGAGGAAGCAAGUACCGGUGAGAGUUCGGAGCUGCAAUGUUGCUGUGGGCUUCCUGCAAAAUUGAGGAUAUCAAAAACAUUGAGAAACCCUUAUAGGUUAUUUUAUAAUUGCCCCAAAAACGUGUAUAAUCAUCAAUGCGAAUAUUUCCAUUGGUCUGAUGAAUUAUCAGCUAGUGUAGAAAGAACUAGAAGAGAAAUUAGUUUCCUGCGGAAUGAGUGUAUUCGGCUACAUAAGAAAAUUGCUUAUGUUCAGUCUCGACGAGAAAAUGACAGUGGUUUGUGGGAGAGGGAAAGAUCAGAGCUAAGGGAAAAGGUAACAUCCCUUCAAGCAGAGCUAGAUGAUAUCAAGAGAGGAGUUCAGUACUUAUACGACUUGGAUAAUAUGCCUCCUGUUGAUGAUUCAUAUGUCAUGAAUGAGGAGAAUGAUGGAGCAAUUGAUAUAGAAAUUAUAUAGAAAAAUUGGGAGAGAUCAGUAUUCUUGUCCAUCUAAUGUAUAAGAGUUGGGCUAUCUAGCAAACAGUUUGACAGCAAAACCAGUGAUGCAAUUAUCCAUUUGCCCUUUCCCCAUAACCCAUUUUUUCCCUUCUGCUUGAGCUAACAAGGGUAAGUGGAUAAUUGGAGUUGCUUGCUUGCUUGCUACCAAACUAUUAGCUAAAUACAGUUUCAUUUGUUUCUGAUGGCAAACCGGCAAACCGUUUAGCCAUUCACUUUCUCUGUUAUCUGAGAGGAGAAUGUUUUAUAGUCCCGCGUCUUUGAACGGAAGUUUUUAUGUUGUAUUCUGGUGAUGAGAAGUGUUUUAACCCUUGAGGAUAGGAUUACCAGUUUUGUAGGUUCGCACUAAUUUCAUCCCCAUGUACAUAGUUCACACAAAAACGAAGUGAUCUACUGUAGUGGACUGCCGUGUUCUUGUAUUGCAUAAUCAAAUAGUUGAAAGAAUGUUUGUAA